AUGGGCAUCUCCAUGGACGUGCUGUGGCGUGUUGGCAGAAACCAUAUCCAUGAUCCUCGAGACCUCUUCUCCCUUGCCACAACCUGCGAAACUCUUUGGGAGUUGCUAGAAAACGAGAUAUACAUUGCCGACAUCCUCCUCGCACGAGAUCUUCCAUCAGCUCGACCGCACUGUCGUUGUAGAAUGAGGAACGUAUCGAUCAAUGCCAUGUGUCGCCAUUUCGAGUGGUGCGAGACUAGGCACCAUAUUCUCCGCGGGCCCUUCCACGCAGCAGCACAACGAGGAGACGCAGGUCUCGUUUCUAGGAUUUCCAACCUAGCCUUGCCGUUAUGGCCGCAAUACAUCGAUACAAAAGACCCGGAGGGCUAUUCACCACUAUUGCUAGCUUCCAGCAAAGGUCACAUCGAUGUCGUCAAGUUUCUUCAUGAUAUGGGUUGCUAUAUUGACGCCUACGUCGUAGUGCCUCAUCUGAACCUGGACCAAGUCACCAGAAAACACCUUCUUGGUCGCGUGUUUGAAGAUCUCACCGCCAAUUCCAUGACACUCAAUCCUUUCACAAUCGCAAUUCUCGGGGGACAUGAAGAACUAGCCACCUACCUCAUGAGCUUCACCGCGAUAGCCGACUUGGAAGUGACAACUCACUGGGAAAUUACAGCUGACUGGGAAAGGAAUAGGUUCCCCGGCACGAGAAAAAGAACUCCCCAAUGGAUGUUAUCCGGUGCUCAUCUUCCGAGCCCUUACGCCUUAGCUGUUGUUGCCAACAUGCAGCCUGUCUUGAAAGCACUCUUCAGGGCUGGUAUCGCCGAACCACGUAUCGGUACCUUGCCCUCAGCCUUAUUCCUGGCAGCGACAUUCGAAGGGAACGAGAGCAUUUUGGACCUCCUCUGCUCUGAAGAGCGUAUGCACCGUCAUUGGGAGAUGAGACAACGAGAUGCGUAUAACGUUGAUAAAUAUGACGGAUCUCUAGAACCCUCCCUUCAAGACCUAUGGUUGCUGAGAACAGCAAUCGAAAGUGGAUGUCCCAGGAACGCUCUUUGUAUAAUCCAAAACUUCAUACAUGUGCCUGUAGAGUUCGACGAAAGACCGCAAUACUGCAUGGAAAUCAUCAAGGAUUUUGCCCUGUGCCCCAGCGGUGCCACACUGGUAAACGAGCCAAUCUUCGAUUACGAGUAUCAUCUAUACGGCGUCCACUAUCAUACGACCGAGCGCGCCAAUGGUCAAUUCGGAGACUCGAAUCAAACCAACGGCGGAGUAUCCGACGACAGGGAUGAGGGAGGUUCUGACUGA